AUGGAGACCCAGACUCAGGCAGGCCUGCUGCUCCCCCAGCCCAACUCUAGAUCCUGUGCCAGCUGCAAAGGGAGCAGAGAAGAGAGGCUUCUGGGAGGCACAAGGGAUCCUGACAGCGAUCAACCCCUCAACAGCCUUGAUGUCACCCCUCUGCGCAAAUCCCGCACUCCCCUGGAGACCUUCAAAAAGGUGGGGGUCCCCAUCAUCGCAGCACUGCUGAGCCUGGCGACCAUCAUCGUCACGGCUGUCCUCACCAAGGUGAUUCUGGACAAAUACUACUUCCUCUGCGGGCAGUCUCUCCACUUCAUCCCGAGGAAGCAGGUGUGCGACGGCCAGCAGGACUGUGCCUCGGGGGAGGAUGAGCAGCUCUGUGUCAAGAACUUCCCCGAUGAGUCCCCAGUGGCAGUCCGCCUCUCCAGGGACCGAUCCACUCUGCAGGUGCUGGACCCGGCCACGAGGAGCUGGGCCUCUGCCUGUUUCGACAACUUUACAGAAGCUCUGGCCAAGAUAGCCUGUGGGCAGAUGGGCUACGACAGCAAACCCACCUUCAAAGCCGUGAGGAUUGGCCCAGACCAAGACGUGGAUGUUGUUGGAAUCACAGAGAACAGCCAGGAGCUUCAGGUGCGAAAUCUAAGUGGGCCCUGCCUCUCAGGCUCCCUGGUUUCCCUGCACUGCCUUGCCUGUGGGGAGAGCCUGAAGGCCCCUCGGGUGGUGGGCGGGGAGAAGGCCUCCGUGGAUUCUUGGCCUUGGCAGGUCAGCAUCCAGUACAACCAACAACACAUCUGCGGAGGGAGCAUCCUGGACCCCUACUGGAUCCUCACGGCAGCCCACUGCUUCAGGAAGCAUCUCGAUGUAUCCAACUGGAAGGUGAGGGCUGGCUCAGACAAAAUGGGCAACUUCCCAUCCCUGCCUGUGGCCAGCAUCUCCGUCAUUGAGUUCAACACCACGUACCCCAAAGAGAAGGACAUUGCCCUCGUGAAGCUUCAGUUUCCGCUCACGUUCUCCGGCACCGUCAGACCCAUCUGCCUGCCCUUCUUCGAUGAGGAGCUCACUCCAGCCACCCCACUCUGGGUCAUCGGAUGGGGCUUUACGGAGCAGGGUGGAGGAAAGAUGUCGGACACGCUGCUGCAGGCAUCCGUGCAGGUCAUUGACCGCGCUCGGUGCAACGCGGAGGAUGCAUACCAGGGGGAGGUUACUGAAAAGAUGCUGUGCGCGGGCGUCCUGGAGGGCGGCGUGGACACCUGCCAGGGUGACAGCGGUGGGCCCCUGAUGUAUCACUCUGACAAGUGGCAAGUGGUGGGCAUCGUGAGCUGGGGCCAUGGCUGUGGGAGCCCGAGUACCCCAGGAGUAUACACCAAGGUCACAGGCUAUCUCAACUGGAUCUACAAUGUCCGGAAGCCUCAACAUUUCUUGGUGCAGUAA